AUGACUGUAUGGGCAGAGUCCAUCUACUCACAGCGGCAUCAGUGUGAUGAAAGGACGGUUAACACACACCCAUUCUACCAUGACACUGCCUACCAUGGCCCAUUCUACCAUGACACUGCCUACCAUGGCUCAUUCUACCAUGACACUGUCUACCAUGGCCCAUUCUACCAUGACACUGCCUACCAUGGCUCAUUCUACCAUGACACUGCCUACCAUGGCCCAUUCUACCAUGACACUGCCUACCAUGGCCCAUUCUACCAUGACACUGCCUACCAUGGCCCAUUCUACCAUGACACUGCCUACCAUGGCUCAUUCUACCAUGACACUGCCUACCAUGGCCCAUUCUACCAUGACACUGCCUAUCAUGACCCAUUCUACCAUGACACUGCCUACCAUGGCCCAUUCUACCAUGACACUGCCUACCAUGGCCCAUUCUACCAUGACACUGCCUACCAUGGCCCAUUCUACCAUGACACUGCCUACCAUGGCCCAUUCUACCAUGACACUGCCUACCAUGACCCAUUCUACCAUGACACUGCCUACCAUGGCUCAUUCUACCAUGACACUGCCUACCAUGGCUCAUUCUACCAUGACACUGCCUACCAUGGCCCAUUCUACCAUGACACUGCCUACCAUGGCCCAUUCUACCAUGACACCGUUUUUCGUGACCCGUCUAUCACGACAUCGUCAAUCAUGACACUAUCUAUCAUAACACUAGAAACCACGUCGUUCAUGACACUCCGACUACCCAGUGACGACCUUAUGUGUCACGAUCUCAUUCAUUACGACCCAGUCGAACCCGACCCUACAUAUCACGACAACAUCUACCACGACCCCGUCUGUCACAGCCCUAUCACCACGCUAUCUAUAACGACCUAA